CAGGGAGAACACACUGAUGCUUCUGCUUCUGCAGGCAGCACGAGGGUACCCCAGGGCAUGGAUGUCCAAUAGGAUCCUGUUGGUUUGGUGCAGAGAGUUCCAAGAAGUGAUUGCCCAAAUGCACAGCCCAGGUUAAGGAUGGUGCUUCUUGUCACCAUUAUGUUCUGUAUGUUCUUCUGGAAAUGAGCUCUGGGGAAGAAGCUGAACGUUUUCGCUCAGAAAGCAGCCAGGCUGAACCCAGCCCUGCGCUCACAGCUCCUCUGUUCCAUCCUCUGUGGGUCCCGGGGGCAGUUCCAGCAGCGCUGGGGCAGGUUCCUCAUUUUCCUCCCCCUUUUAUCCCCAUUUCUUUCCCCCCCCAAGGCGGCUCUUACGGGCUCAGCCCCGCGCUCAGCGAUGGCCGCAAAUCACCCCCGGGGUCCGGCGUGGGAGAGGAGGACGAGAGAAGCGGAUGAAAAAGUUACGGGCAAAGGGAGAAAGCUCCGCUCUGCGCUGAGAGAGGGGGUGGCGUGAAAGGGAGGCGAGAAAAGCAAAGCCUCCAAAGCCGCUGUGAGUCAAUGUUUAACCCCCAGAGAAAGCAGCUCAAAAAUGCUAUUCCCUGUUUUUUUUUUUCCCCCUCAGCGAGUCUGAACCAGUCCGCCCGGUGCCUCCUCCCUCCGGCUCACACCCUCCUUCCUCCCACCGCUCCUCGGGAACAUCCAUCGCUCCGUCCGUCCAUCCCGGCUGUGGAGCAGCGCAGCGCAGCAGCGUUCGGAGCCACGCGGAUCCGAUCCGGAGAGCAGCGAUGGGAUUCCCCCGCUGGAAGCGGUUCUGCUUCUUGCUCCUCGCAGCCUUCACCUCGUCCCUUCUGCUCUACGGGCACUACUACGCUACGGUGGAGCUGCGCAGCGGCCCGAGGGUCGCGGCCAGUCUGCUGCAGCCCGAGCUGCUGUUCCUGGUCCGCCCUGAAGCCUCACACCCAGACAACAGCCACCAGCAGGACCUCAAAGGGACUGCGAAGAGGGAGUUCCUCUCCCAACCAUCCUCAGAGCCGGAGAAGCCCAAACCCAGUGGAAAGCAGCCCACCCCAUGUACCCACUUGGUGGUGGACACAGUGAAGGCAGAUCCCACGUUUGGGAAGCUCUUCCAGUUCGAUGUCCCGGUGCUGAUGUGGGACCAGCACUUCAACCCCGAGAUGUGGGACAGGCUGAAGGCACGACGUGUCCCAUACGGCUGGCAGGGCUUGUCCCAAGAAGCUGUUGGCAGCACCCUGCAGCUCCUCAACGCCUCCUCCAACACGAAGCUCUUUGACCGUAACCACUUCCAUGGGGGCUGUAUCCGCUGUGCUGUGGUGGGCAAUGGGGGGAUCCUCAAUGGCUCACGGCAGGGCCGGGCUAUUGAUGCGCAUGAUCUGGUCUUCAGGCUCAAUGGGGCCAUCAUCAAAGGCUUUGAGGAGGAUGUUGGGACCAAGGUUUCGUUCUACGGCUUCACGGUGAACACCAUGAAGAACUCGCUCAUUGCCUAUGAGGCGUAUGGCUUCACCCAGACACCGCAGGGCAAGGACCUGAAGUACAUCUUCAUCCCCUCGGAUGCACGCGACUACAUCAUGCUGAGGUCGGCCAUUCAGGGCAGCCCGGUCCCCGAGGGCUUGGACAAGGGUGACGAGCCACACAAGUAUUUUGGACUGGAGGCAUCCGCAGAGAAAUUCAAGCUGCUGCAUCCUGAUUUCUUGCACUACCUGACAACCAGGUUCCUGAGGUCAGAGCUCCUGGACAUGCAGUACGGCCACCUCUACAUGCCCAGCACUGGGGCACUCAUGCUGCUGACUGCACUGCACACCUGCGACCAGGUCAGUGCCUAUGGGUUCAUCACAGCCAACUACGAGCAGUUCUCUGACCAUUACUACGAGCCGGAGAAGAAGCCACUGGUGUUCUAUGCCAACCACGACAUGCUGCUGGAAGCAGAGCUGUGGAGGAGUUUGCACCGAGCUGGGAUCAUGGAGCUGUACCAGCGGUGAGGGCAGCGCAGUCCCACUGCAAGGACUCUCAAUGCAGCACGGAAGCGAUUCUCCUCUUUCCUGAAGGCCUCCAACUGCCCCUGGAGGGCUCUCCCAUACUGGCAGGGCAGCCUGAGGAGCAGGGCCUGCAGCUGACAGCACAGCAAAGGUGCUGGUGCAGGGCAAGGCAAAGCUGGCAGGGAAAAACCUCAACUCCUCAGGGCCCUCCAGCAUCUCAUUAGUGACUCUGGGAAGCACAGCCUUUAUCUGCAGGUAGGACAAGGUGGUGCUGGAAGGGGAUGCUGACAGAACUCACUUCUUUGGACGGCCUGGAGUUACAGCUGGGUAGACUGCAGAACCUGCAGGACAAAGCUAUCAAUUGUGGUACCUCAAAGGGGAAAAAGGAAUCCCAAAGGUGGUCUUGAAUCCUCCCACCACGCUGCCUAAUCCAGCACUGCUGCAGUGGAAGCUCCUCCAGCUUGUGGUGGUUGGAGGGCUGACAGCGUACAGCAAAGGGAGUGGUGUGAUCUGAAACUUCCCCAUCUUGUGUAAUUAGAGGAACACAGAGUCAUUAUUUUCUUCUAUGCCUGGUUUUUAGUGAUUGGGGCGGAUAAAGCAUCCUGGCUCCUGGAACACAGCAGGGCUUUGUUGUGGGAAUGGCAGAAGUCUGGGUUAAGGGUGGGAGUGGGGUUACAGGGCUGCUGGUGCCCAAGUGUGGUGUUGGUAGAACACAGCACACAGGGCACUUUGAGAGCAGCCUCUUCCCACCUCGCUGCCAUUUGCUGCACGUCAGCUGGAAGGGUGGAGGGCACAAAGGAAGGGACAAUUGUUUGCAGAGAUGGUAAGAGAUAACCGGGCUGUGAGCCAGGGAACCUCCAGCUCCCCUCCAGCUCCAUCCCUUUUGUGACACAAAGCUGCACUCAGCUGUUUCAACCAGCUUCAGAUGUAAUCUCUAGCAGAGCCCUGUUUGCCUUCUCAGGUACGCCUCAAAUUAACCUUUGUUCAUGGCAGACACUGCACAAUGGUGCCAUGGCAGCCUGUUACGCCUGUUUUUACACGCAAUCAACUCAGCAAAACCUCUUCCAUGACAACAAGCCCAAUUCUCACAUCACCUAAAAGACAGAGCCCCAAAAGCUCCUCAGUCAAACCAAGUAUGAGCUCAGCCCACAUGGCUUUAAACACACCCAUAGCAGUAACACUGUGCCACAAAGAAGAGCUUUUAAAAAGGAACUGCUGACACAGUGCAGCAUCUCACCAGGAACCCCAUCCAGCUCCCAGGGAUACAACUGUGAACAGACCAGAACCUGCUGUACUCACAGCUUCUCUACUGUACAAGGGAAGCCUUUUUCCUUCUAGCCCUGGAGUUAAGACAGCUCCAUGUUUAUUACCUUAGCAGACCAGGAGCCUGAUGGUUAUACUGCUGCCUGCUGCCUUCUCUUGGAGCUCCUGAGCUGACCUCAAGCAGUGCAGUUACUGUGAGCUGCAUCUCCUCAACUUUCAGCAUUUUUCUGCGGAAGACAAUGAAAUCUGAACACCGUACGAGGCUCAGUAAACCUGCACUUGCUACCACUUCAGAAGGUAUUUCAACUUGAAAUCCUUCCUACUUGCCCAAAGUCAUUUCUGUUCAAAGCAGAUACCCAAAAAGGACUUGGACUCUCA